AUGGGACAUCUUGAACAUCUUAACGAAGUUUUCAAGUCAGUUUAUUUCCCCAAAUUAAUUUUAAUUAAUAAUUAAAAUUCAGAGCGAUUGAUGAAAAUCAAGAGGAAUUUGUUGAAUUGUUGCGUGAAGCCGUCGAAAUUCGAUCGGUUUCUGCGGAUCCAGCUCGACGACCGGAUUGUAUUAAAAUGUGCGAAUGGGCCAGAGAUGUGAGUUAUUCACAGUAAUUUAUCACUUCGAUGCGAGACCCAAAUGCGCCUUUAAUUUGCAUCGUUGUUGCAUUUUUCGUUCCAGAAACUCACAAAAACGAAAAAUUCAAAAUAAACCAAAGGCGCAAGCAUUGGGUCUCGUGGCGACACAAAAAAAAGUACUGUAAAAAUGAUUUUGAAUUUUUUUCCGAGAACCUCAAAAAAAUCACCCAAUUUCAUGCCCCUUAUCAGCAUUUGCACUUUAUUUUCCCAUAAAUCUGUCACAUUCUUUCUUUUUUUACAGCAAUUAAAAUCGGUUGGCGCCGACACGUCAUUGUGGGAUUUGGGAUUCGAAAAACCCGAUUUACCGUUGCCACCAGCUGUAUUUGGAGUUUACGGUAUCAAUUUUUGAUUUUUUGAUUUCACACUUAUGUUUUAUCAGGGAUCAUUUUUGAAGGGAGAAUGAAAAAGCAAAUUUAUCAGUGGGAAAUUUUGAUAAGCUGCUUUUUUUACAGGAAAAAUAUAAUCCUUGUUUUAGGGCGAGACAAAGCAAAGAAGACACUUCUGAUUUAUGGACAUUUAGAUGUUCAACCAGCAGAAAAAGAGGUGAGAAUUUGAAAGGAAUCGUUGAUCUUCGAAAAAUGAAACUUUGAAGAUUACCAAAAUUUUGUUUGUUAGAAUUCGCGUGAAUUUUCAGGAACAAUUGUUUUAAUGCACUAGUCUGAUUUUCUGAAUCGUUUUUAGGACUUCUGAAUAGAAUUUUCUGAUAUUUUCCAUUUCUCAGGUACAACAACUCUGAACAUUUUCCCUCCGGAACCCAAAAAUUGACAAUUUCUAGCUAUUUUCUUUAAACUUUUCUAAGAAAACCGUGUUUUUUUUUAUCAAAAAAAAGUUGUGAUAAAAUAAUUUUUUAAUUCUUGGGGUUUUAAAAAUGUUUUACUGAUAAUUUUCUGAAUAAACUUUGAACCCUGACUCAUAAUAUUUCUUCUAGGAUGGCUGGAAUACGGAUCCUUUCAAACUCAUCGAAAUCGAUGGAAAAUUAUUUGGUCGCGGUUCGACUGAUGAUAAAGGACCUGUUAUUGCAUGGAUUGCUGUUUUGAAAAUUUUAAAACGACUCGGAAUUGAGCUGCCCGUUAAUUUGAAGUUUGUCCUCGAAGGAAUGGAAGAAUCUGGAUCGGAAGGUCUUGAAGAAGGCCUCAAAAAUAAUUUGGAUAAAAUUUCGGAUGUUAAUUUUUCGUGCAUCUCUGAUAAUUAUUGGCUGGGCAAAAAUAAACCGUGUUUGACAUAUGGAUUGAGGUGAGAAUUCGAUUUAUUCGAACUUUUUUUUUCAUUGAAAAGCAUUUUAAUUCCAGAGGAAUUUGCUAUUAUUUUGUUGAAAUCUCAUGUGCCAGACAGGAUUUGCAUUCAGGAAUCAAUGGAGGAUCUGUGUAAGUUUUCUCCAUAAUAAAUUUCACCUCAAACAAGACAUUUUUCAGACCAGAAGCGAUGAACGAUUUAGUUUGGAUCAUGUCUCAAUUGGUCAGUGUUCAAGGCGAAAUUUUGAUCCCAGGAAUCGCUGAAUUGGUUGCUCCAUUGACAAAAGAAGAGGAGACAUUGUAUGAUAAUAUUGAUUUUUGUAUGGAGACAUUUAAAGGAGAAAUGGGAUCACAUGGAUUGUUGGCGGAUAAUAAACAAAGAUUAUUGAUGAAUAGAUGGAGAUAUCCAUCAUUGUCGUUGCAUGGAAUUGAAGGAGCAUUUAGUCAACCGGGUGCGAAGACUGUUAUUCCAGCUAAGGUAUGGGUUUUUAGGGAUUUAGGAUUGAGAAGGAAAAUAAAACUAAAAUAAGAUCUUAUUCGUUUUGGUGUCAAUUUUUAAUUCAAUUGAAAUUUUGACUUUUUAAUUAAAUUUUUCAUUUGGUUUAAAUUCACCUUGGGUUUUCAUCAAAAACAUUUUGAAAAUUGAAAAAAAAAAUUUUACACGACAUAUUUAAGUUCCAGAAAAUUUCAAAUUUCUAGCCGUGGCUAAAAAUUCACAUUAUUUUCAGGUGACUGGAAAGUUCUCUCUCCGAAUUGUUCCCGAUUUGACACCUGAAGCAACCGAUAAAUUGGUUGUCAAUUAUUUGAAUGCACUUUGGGCGAAACGCGGAUCACCAAAUCAAAUCAAGUUAGUUUUUUCUUCUUUUUAUAAAAUUCCUGAUUUCUCUCCAUUCAGAAUCACACCGUGUCAUGGUGGAAAACCGUGGUUGGCCGAUUUCCGCGAUGCCAAUUUUUCAGCCGGAGCAAGAGCUAUUGAAAGAGGUAUUUUUUUUAAUGCUCAAAAAUUUGAAAUGAUCAUCUGAAUUGUUUUUCAGUUUUUGGAACAACUCCCGAUUUUACACGAGAAGGUGGAAGUAUUCCAAUAACUUUGACAAUUCAAGAAUUGACUGGAAGCCCUGUUAUGUUGUUGCCAAUUGGAGCAUCCGAUGAUAUGGCUCAUUCGCAAAAUGAAAAAUUGAAUCGAGAGAAUUUUGUCAAGGUUUGUGAGGUUUUUUGGGGCCAAUUAAAAAUAUCAUUUUUUAAGGGAAUGAAAGUUUUGGCUGCGUAUUUAUUCGAAUUGGGAGCCUAA